AUGAGCACAGCAAUUACGUCAAAGUCCAAGAGUGACAUGUCUCAGGAAGAACUGCAGCGUCUCGAGGAGGAGGAGUUCACCAACGGACCAUUGUCUGUGCUGCAGAUGGCUGUGCACAAUAACACGCAAGUGCUGAUCAGCCUGCGGAACAACCACAAGCUCUUGGCCCGCGUCAAGGCAUUUGAUCGUCAUUUUAACAUGGUCCUGGAAAACGUCAAGGAGAUGUGGACCGAAUCACCCUCCGCUGGCAAGGGCACGAAGCGCGCAGUGCCAAUCAACAAGGACCGGUUCAUCAGCAAGAUGUUUUUGCGUGGCGAUUCGGUUAUUGUCGUGCUCCGCAGCAUAGAGUGA